AUCUCAUUAUCAUUCGCAGAGAGAGAGAGAGAGAGUGAGGGAGAGAGAGUGAGGCUUCUUCUACCCAGAUUUGUUUCAUUUUAACCAAAGAAGAAUCUCUCACAAAUGGCGUCAAGAGCAAUUGUUCAACAACAACAAGCCAGAGGUGAAGCAGUAGUAGGGGGAGGAAAACAGCAGAAGAAGAACGGUGUUGCGGAUGGAAGGAACCGCAAGGCAUUGGGUGACAUUGGGAAUUUGGCCAAUAUAAGAAGUGCCGUUGAAGUCAAGCCAAAUCGCCCUAUCACAAGGAGUUUUGGUGCGCAAUUACUUGCCAAUGCACAAGCGGCAGCAGCUGCUGGGAAUAACAAGAAACAAGCUUGUGCUAAUGUGGCUGGUCCUCCUGCUGUUGCCAAUGGAGGAGUUGCGGUGGCCAAAAGAGUGGCCCCCAAACCGGGUCCGAAGAAAGUGACCGUGACUGUAAAACCUAAGCCUGAAGAAGUCAUUGACAUUGAAGCUAGUCCAGAUAAGAAGGAGGUCCUGAAAGACAAGAAGAAUGAAGGAGAUGCCAACUCCAAGAAGAAAUCACAACACACUCUUACUUCAGUGCUCACUGCAAGAAGCAAGGCGGCAUGUGGCAUAACUAACAAACCAAAGGAGCAGAUCAUUGACAUUGAUGCUUCUGAUGUUGACAAUGAACUUGCUGCUGUGGAGUACAUUGAUGACAUUUACAAGUUCUACAAACUUGUUGAGAACGAGAGCCACCCCCACGACUACAUUGAUUCACAACCUGAAAUAAAUGAGAGGAUGAGAGCUAUUCUGGUUGAUUGGCUGAUAGACGUUCACACCAAGUUUGAACUUUCUCUAGAGACCCUUUACCUGACCAUCAACAUAAUUGAUCGGUUUUUAGCAGUUAAGACAGUUCCAAGGAGGGAACUGCAAUUGGUUGGCAUCAGUGCCAUGCUGAUGGCAUCCAAAUAUGAAGAAAUCUGGCCCCCUGAGGUUAAUGACUUUGUGUGCCUCUCAGAUAGGGCUUACACUCAUGAACAGAUACUGGCCAUGGAGAAAACCAUAUUAAAUAAGCUGGAAUGGACUUUGACUGUGCCUACACCUUUUGUUUUCCUAGUUCGUUUUAUCAAGGCAGCGGUCCCAGAUCAGGAGUUGGAAAACAUGGCUCAUUUUAUGUCUGAGUUGGGAAUGAUGAACUAUGCAACCUUAAUGUACUGCCCAUCAAUGGUUGCUGCCUCAGCAGUGUUUGCAGCAAGAUGCACUCUGAACAAGGCUCCCCUUUGGAAUGAGACACUUAAGCUGCACACUGGUUACUCACAAGAGCAACUCAUGGAUUGUGCUAGACUAUUGGUGGGGUUCCAUUCCACUCUUGGGAAUGGAAAACUUAGGGUUGUGUACAGAAAGUACUCUGACCCUCAGAAGGGUGCAGUUGCUGUGCUCCCACCAGCUAAACUUCUGCCUGAAGGCUCUGCUUCCCAACAUAGUUGAAAGAAGAAAAGGUGGGGAGGAGCAGUGAUAAUAUAGAGCCUUUUAUGAUUCAGCAAAUUUGUAUUUUUAUUUUCACAAGGUACAAGAGUUGAUUUUUAUAUAAGUUGCAAGUUGUGCACUUGCCAAUUGUCACAAUAUCAUAUCUAACUUCUAUAAUGGGGUUCACGUUCCAUGAGUGUGCAACCAGGUUGCAGUUAUAUACAAUGUGUCCAUUGUUAAAAAAUCUUUGUUGCUAA